GGACAGUCGAGCGUCGUGUUUCUAGUUAUAAAAUAGUUUUGAAAACACAAAAAGAAACCAAGUUCAAUGAAGAGGAGAAGACGAUAAAGACCAAUUUACAAAAUGAAUAUUAAAAUUUCUUCUUUCUGGAUUAUAUUCCUAUUAGUUGUAACCGGUGUGAAAACCGAAUUCAAAGUAGCAAAUCAAGAAAAAGAUUUGCGAAUUCUUCUGCAUGACAAGAAGAGCUUUAACCUUUAUUCUACAGAUAAAAAUCGCUCGCAAGAUUAUUCAGUGUCGUUUUAUGCGCUGAAUAAUGAUAUCGCGAAAACAGAACCGGAUGUAUUCGUAGCUGGUAAAAAUCAAAAUAAUUGGACAAUUACAGUCAUUGGCACCAACCCUGGUUCUUCCGUAAUCAGUGCCAAUAUAACUGAGCUUCAAGAAUCAGAUUUUUCUGAUGCAUUUGUUCGUGUGACCGUGGAACGAUCGACUACUUUGUACCAUAUAAGCCAAGUAGUAGGAUGGGUAUAUUUUUUGGCAUGGAGCGUGAGCUUUUAUCCGCAAAUUUACACCAAUUACAAAAGGAAAAGUGUCGAAGGUCUGAACUUCGACUUUUUAUCAUUAAACAUUGUCGGUUUUAUCAUGUACGCUUUGUUCAAUUGCGGACUUUAUUGGAUACCACAAAUUGAGCAAGAGUAUUUCGCGAGGUAUCCAAAAGGAUUGAACCCUGUUCAAAUCAAUGAUAUCUUCUUUGCAUUACAUGCUACAUUUGCUACUUUAAUAACAAUAUUCCAAUGCUUCAUAUAUGAGACUGGUAACCAAAGAGUGUCUUCAACAGCUCGUAUCAUUCAUGGGAUAUUUACAAUAUUUAUAGUUGCUUCAAUGAUUCUGGCUAUUUUGAAUCAGAUUUGUUGGCUUGACUUUUUAUAUUACUGCAGUUAUGUAAAAUUAUCAAUCACACUCAUUAAAUAUGUACCACAAGCUUUUUACAACUACAAGCGUAAGUCAACUGUUGGAUGGAGCAUUGGUAAUAUAUUUUUAGACUUUACUGGAGGUAUCCUGUCCAUGCUACAGAUGAUUCUUAACGCCUAUAACUAUGAUGAUUGGAAAAGUCUUUUUGGAGAUCCUACCAAAUUUGGUCUAGGAUUUUUCUCAGUAGCAUUUGACGUAUUCUUCUUAGUACAACAUUAUAUUUUAUACAGGAAUGGGAAUGAAAAAGUGAUCAAUCUCACAGGCAGCAUAUAAGCAGUGGAAGGAGCAGUUUUAAGAUUGCAUCAUCAGGGAUGAUAAAUUAAUGCUUUUUUGAAAAGCUUGCGUACUUAAAAAAAAUUCAUUUUCUGUUUUGAUAGAAAAUGUAAUUUCAUUAAAUACUUGCAAAGUAUUACUCAUACUCAUUCAAAGAAAGGGUAUUGGUCUUGAGAUAUUUGAGAUGACCAAGUUGGAGAAUAAUAAAACUAAAGUCAGAGAAAACUAGUUCCAUUAAAUUUAUUUGGAACAUACAGAAAAAUCCUGCAGCGAUUUUUCUAACUACAAUUGCUUGUAAAUUAUUGGUUAACUUUCUUUAAUUAUGUAGGUUUGUUAAAUAAAUAAUCAGAGUAGAAAUGUUAAUAAUAGUGUUAAAUUUAAAGUAUUUUACAUAAAAUAAUAUUGAAUUUGUAAAUAUAAAUAGUAACUUGUUUGAGAUUAUAGUCUUGAAAUAAUACUCUAACUUGAUGAUCAAAAUAUCAUUACAUUUUUACAAUGAUUAAAGAAAUGAAGAUUAUAUAGUUGUUAACCAAGCAUUUUUAUAAAGUGGAUAUCAUUAAUUUUGAUUAGAAAAUAAACAAUUGCAGUUUAAACUGCAUGAGCUAUUAGAAAAAUAAAGUUUUAUAAAAAAUGUUGCCUUCUUCAAAUGAAUAAUUUAAAAAA